AUGCACAAAUAUUCCCAGCCUCUGCGGCUCCAAUUUGCAAAAGCUACUCGAGGAUUGACCCAACCCACCCGGCCUUCUCCUACCAACCAAGCAGCUCCAAACACCAAGAAAUCCACAGAAACCGAGAUCUCUCUCUCUCUCUCUCCGACCCGACGGAUACCUGGUUGUUGUUGUAGCUGGGCAAUGGCGACCGACGCGAUCCUGGAGACCAUCAAGCCUCGGCGGAGCCCGUGGCUGGAGGACCUCCCGGUGACGAAUGGGGGCGCAGCGAAGGGCGGCAAGGUGGACCUGUCCGGGAUGCGCCGGCGCGUGUCGUCGUCCUUGUCACUGAGCCUCCAGCCGCUGUCCUCGUCGUCGUCCGCGGCGUUCCGGCGCGCGCGGUCGAUGCCGUCGAUCAAGGCGCUGGCGGCGGCGGGCGCGGUGCGGCAGUGGUGGGAGUGGGGGCUCGGUUGGGUGAUGACCCGGAAGCCCUCCUUCGCGCGUGGCCUCGAGAUGAGCGAGGACGAGGCCGCCCUGCUCGGGUGCCACUGCCGCGGCACGCUCCGGCACGUCUUCUACAAGGCACGCGCCGAGGUGCGCCGCCUCCUCGGCCGCGACGGCCGCCCGCUCGGGGGCGUCGCGGCGCAGGACUUCAGGUACGACUCCGUCAGCUACGCUCAGAACUUCGACAACGGCGACGUCGACGCCAGAUGCUAG